CUGAUGAAAGGGCACUUCUUCGCUCUGGUUUCUUCAUCCCUAACACUAACAAAAUAACACAAGAUGUGAAUCAAUUUUUAAUCAACAACACAAAUACUAUCAAUUCUAUUGCGCUUGAUUGUGAAUCAAGAUGGUAUGUAUAGGUUGUGUGGUUGAAUAUACAAUAUGGUUUCUGAUUAGGAAGAAGAUUCGACAAUGGGAAGAUUGGUGGCAUUGAUAUAAUUUAUGUGAUGACUGGGAAGCAAAUUGCAAGAUUCCAUUCGUCACUCUCUUUACUUUUUUUUUAUAUAUACAGUUUAAAAUUACCUUAAUUGCCUUUUUAUCAUUCUUUCUAAAUUCUAAAUUCCUAAUUAAUAUGCAUGGUUAAUAAAGUUUAACUAAAGCAAUGUAAACUGGAUCAAAUCUAAACCUUCCACCAAAUAUAUAAUCUGUUGAUUUCUUUACAUUUUCUGUCAAUUUUCUCCAAUCUCUUACAAUUGUUAGGGUAAAUUUAGUUAAAUGCAGGCAUAACAGUACAAAUACUUGCUGGUACAUUUGAAAUUGAAGGAAUAGUUCAUUACGGAACAGCAGAAAGUGUUAAUGCUUCAUUACCUAUUGCUGAUGUGAGUGUUCCAACUACGUUGCCUUUACGAGUUCUUGGAAAUGGAAGGAGUUCAAGUCAGGGACAGGGAAAUUGCCAGAACUAAAAUUUGGAGACUUUGAUUUUCCAGGAAAAGGAGAAAAUUUAUUAGCAAAGAUAGAAUUCACACCAACACAGGUUUUUUCGAUUGGAAAAUCAAUGGAGGAGAUGUUUUGGCUUCCAAUAAACUCAAAAUGGUUUAACAUUGCUUCUCAACUUCAGGAAAUAAAUUUAGAACGAUGUGUAAACGACACCUAUUGUUUGGCAGAAGCACCAAAAGUAGUGUUUGGAUUAAGAGGCUGCACUGCUGAUAUAUUCGUUGACAAUGCAGGGUACAGAGAUUUUCUUUUCAAACAAUUCAGUGUCUCAACAGUAGAUGAAGAGAGUGCAGCUAUCGUCAUGGCUUCUCUGUCAAAUGGAGUGCCUUGUGUUGUGUUUCGCGGGGUAUCGGAUUUAGCUGGUGGAGAACUAAAGCUGGCUGAGACGAGCUUCAGUCCUCUGGCUUCUGUCAAUGCUCUUAUUGCUGCAGUUGAGUUUAUAAAAUUAUCAGGUAAUAAGGUUAAGACUAAUACAUAUGCGGUGCAGGAAAAUUGAAAAUAUAAACUCCAUCAACCCCUUUUCUUACCUUUUCUUUGCUAAUGAUUAAUUAGACUGCUUGUACUCUCUAAUUUAUAAUCCUGUAGCAAAUUAUAAACUAGGGUUUUAUUGAGGUUGCAAUAAUAUAUUAUUCUUAUUGUUACUAUGAAACAAAAUAUUAUUGACGAAUCAACUCCUCUCGCCUGCCUCUUCAAUUUGAUGGCUUCAAUCAUGAUUAUUAUUGACGGAAUCGGAAAUUCCCAAAAGGUGGCCGGCCGAUUUCCGGUCAAUCGAUAAAUGCCCAUGCUAAAAUAACAUCACAUUCGUUAUACUUGCUCUGAGACGAACUUUCUGAUGUAUGAUUUGCUAAAUUUGGGUGUAGUUGACUUUUCUCGCCCACCGUGAACGGCGGCCGACAGCUAUUUUCCGAUCAGAUUCAGAAUAUGUAAUUAGUGUUGCGAUCAGAUAGUAAUUGACCCUUGAUUUAAUAAUUGAUGCAAAUUGAAAAAUUAGAUUGUGGAGCCGAAAUUCAUAGAAAAUGAAGUUAUCGGGACUUUUCCGACCUUAGAACAGCUUGAGUUAGUUAUUUGUAAAGUAAACGGAUUGUGAUGGCAGUGAAUAGUUAAUUACCGUUAAA